GUUGUUUAUUAAAAGCGCAGAACUCGUGAGCUACGGACGUGUCUCUGCUACGCUCGAGCGCCUCGCUCAUCUAAUCUUCAGUUAACUUCGUUUACAUCUCCGUCACCGUCUCCGGUACUGUCUCCGAUACGGCGCAUCUCUCUCCCACAGUGACUGCGAGUCGUGAAAUCGUGUCACAAUUGAUUGAAUAUUGUGUGCAAGCGCUACAAGCUAAAAUAAAUACGAGAAAAAAUUAAUAUUACAUAUUAUUUGUAUUUGGCAAUAAGGUUUUUUUCUGUGUGCACGCCGGUGCAGAUUUCGUCGCUCGCGUCGUCGUCGUCGUUGUCGUCGCCGUUGCGGAUUUUGUCAUCCCUGACAGCAUCAAUUCGACCUGGUGGCUGUAAUUGUUGUUGUUGUCAGCAUUGUUAUUCUGCCUACGCGCUAAUUAUUCCUCGCGGUUUUCAACUCGAAUGCGGAUUUUGGGCAAUGCCCAAUUCUAAAUCGACGGUUGCGUGACAAAUUCGAAAAAAGAAACACAAGUCACACAAGGCAAGAACAACAACAACCACGAGAAAUAUAACGUUAUUCCGAAUUGCCAAAAUCGAAAUGCAAACGCGCAGUUUGAAAUACGGGCUACGCAGUCGCCGAGCUGCCGGCGUUACCGUUACGCUGCUGCUAGCUCUGGCGCUACUGAGGAUCGACGCAGCUACUGGAAGGCCUGAUGUGCGGCAAUCGCCGUUUUCAUUAGAAUUGCAGCCGCCAUUGGCUGAGGCCGCUGCGGGCGAUGCCUUCAAUGCGGGCAGCGAGCGGGCCACCGAUAGCUAUGGCAAUCCGAUCGAUGCACUGCGUCCGAUCGAUACGCCCGAUGGGCGCAAGGUGGUCAGCGCGCAGGGCCUGCAAUUCGAGAUACCCAAUUAUGCGUCGGGCAUCACUGAAAUACGAAAGCCGGCCGAUGAUCUGCUGCCACCGCAUAUUGGUGAGUUCACAACAACAGCUGGAGCAACCAAAGCGACAACAGCAACAGCAACAACAACAACAACAUCAAAAGCAGCAGCUACCACAACAACAACAGCAGCAACCACAAUCGCAUCCACAUUACGCAAUAGAAUUAAUCAAAAGCGAAAUACUCAAGCAGCUUUAGUAAAUUCCACAAAUAGCCUAAGUAUCACAGCCACGCCCUCAUCCACAACCACAGCCACACUCCCACCCAGUCGCACGCCCACAUAUGUAGCACCACUAACAAAAUCUGAAUCCCAAUUGGAUUCAGCACAUGGCAAGCGCGAAUCAUCUGGUCAGCAAUAUAAGAUUACAGCAGCCAGUGCCCAGCACGCCCCGCCCACAUUCACCCUGCUCACCCUCAAUCCAGAAUUUAGGCCUCUAGAGAGCCCCAGACCCCAACCCCGACCCCAACCCCGACCCCGACCCAGACCCAGACCCAAAGCAAACAAUGAUAGCCUUGCCUUGAUCGCAUACUCAACUCCAACUCCGACUCCUUCCCAACUAGAUGCCAUAGCCGUGGCGGUGCCCAGUACGGACAUCGAUAGCACCGACAGCACCUCAUUCGCACCAGCACCAGAUACAUCACUAACACCACCCAAGCAUGAAUCAUCAACAACCACCACAACCGCCGAGGAUAUCGCUGUGGAGGUGGAGCAGGCGCAGCUGGUGCCCUUGAACCAGCAGCAGCCGGAGGAGAGUGCUCAGACGCCACAGCAGACGGACGGCACGCUGCCCGACUAUCUGCUGGAGCUGCAGCAGCAGGACAAGGACAUCGCUGGACCUGUGCCCUGGACACCGGCACCGAAUGCUGCACCACUCAGUGUGAUUGCCUGGGAUCUGUUGCCACCGGUGGAGGCGCAGCGCGAGUCGGAGCCACACAUCAUCACCGAGCAGCAGCCCACCAAGUAUGUGGUUGGCGUGGAGCAGCCCGGCAGCCACAAUAUACGCGUGAGCCUGAGCAGCGGCCAGGGCCUGUCGCCCGUGGCGCCGGCACCGCUCAAGCCCGGCCAAGUGGCUGUGGUGCCCGUACCAGUGCGCGACGGACCCGAGGGACAUGGCACCAAUGCACAUGUUGGCACCACCACACCACGCAACGGCGCCAGGUUUCCCAAUCGUCAUCGCGGCACAGUUCAUUACAGCACCGCAUCGGCUACACAGCGGCCACGCAGCACCACCACCACCACCACAACCACUAGCACUACUACUACUACCACUACACCUCGACCAACAACAACAACAACAACAACUAGAAGAGCGACCACAACCACCACGCCAGCUACAACCACCACACGCAGCCCUCCACGCUCCACAACGCCCCUGGAUCCGUCCACCUUCUAUAAGCUGGACAACGAGGAGGCCUACGCCUACACCCUGCCGCCCUGGCUGCAGGAGGUGACCGACCCGGAUCUGGAUGUCGCUGUCACCUUCAUAGUGCCCACCGACAACGAUCAGUACAACCACACGGUGCCCGAGGAUCUGGAGCCGCCGUUUGAGCCGUUCGUGGACCUGAGCAAUAUUCAGCUGACACCGCCUCCUGAGAGCAAAAGCACUACCAGCACCACCACCACCACCAGCAGACCCACCACAACAACGAGAACGACACCGACUACGACUACGACGACGACAAGACGUCCGUCGACCACAACAACACAAGCACCCGCACCAAUAGCAGCGCGCACCACUCAAGCACCCAUUUUCAGAGCACAAACCACCCAAUGGUCGCAUGCCAAGAACCAAUUGAUAACAACAACCACAACAACAUCCACAGCUCCGCCCUCCGUUGAGCCGAAUCCGUUUGACUCGUCCACGUUGCCGCCCUGGCUGCAGGACUUUGACUAUCCCGAUGUGGGUCCCGGCGUGCCCUAUGACCCGGAGAACUUUAAGGAUGUGCCGGAAACAAAGCCGGGAGGUAUUAAACCUAAUGACUUUCAGCCUCAUGGUUUUGCCAGUAGAUCUCAGUCAAGCGAUGCAGCAACCACAACAACAACCACCUCAGUGCCAACAGCAUCAACAACAACAACAGCAACAACAACUACUACAACAGUAGCAAACACUGCUAACACUGCUUUCCCAUCAAAAGUCACGCUUACGCUUCCAGCCAGCAGCAGCAGCGAUGGCCAUGGGUUGAACACUGUGGAGCCGCCGCUGGUGCUGAUGCCGCCCGUUGCUAGCAGCGACGACUCAUCAUCAACAUUAAGCAGUCCUGCGGCGACUGGCCUCACACAAGAUCCUACUACAAACUCCUUAACGCAUUUUGCAGAACGCUUCGCUGCGCCACCUGUUGGCCAGAUAACGGAAACGAAAAGCGCCGCCGCUGCAGCCGCCGAGCAGCAGUUCCCACCGUUCAGUGCGGCCAGUGCGGGCGACAUCCCGAAGGUGGAGUACACCAAGAGCGACGGAGGCAAGGUCAUAAGCACGCCCAUCAACGUACAGCGUCCGGAGCCAGCAGUGGUUAGCACCACAUCGGCGUCAGCUACCAAUACGGGCAAGUAUACGGGCGGAUUUGGUGCUCCGGCGGGUCUGCUGCGUCCACUGACCGGCACAAAGCCCGACAUCUAUGUGGCCGGCAACAACCACGAGUACAGCACCCGCGUCAAGGCCAACAGAGUGCGUCCAGGCGCUGCCACGGAAACAGCCACAGCCGGCAAUGGGGGCCGCUACACCGGCGGCUUUGGUGCACCCAGCGGCGUGCUCAGUCCUCAGAAUGUGCCCAGACCCUUCCAGCAGUCGCAGCAGUCGCAGCAGUCCAGCUCACAGCCAUCCCACUUGGCUGGCGCCGCUUCGAGCCAUCAUCAGAGCCGCUUCGGCGGUCCGCCUGGCAUCCUGGUGCCGUUCGACAAUGUGCCGCGCACCGGUGCCAAGUAGGCGGCCAGGGGGCGUGGCGCACAUUGUAUUGCAACUGCUGCAAGUACUUUAAAUUAUUUAUAAAGCAUGUAUCUAUGUUGAAGAUCUUGAAUUGAGAGCUCGAUCUAUACGUAAUUAAAGAAAACAACAAAUCUGUA